AUGGCGACUACACCAAAUAGAGGGAUCGUUGUCAUUUCAGGUGGAAGUGCGGCAAACAACUUGGUUGAUGUGUUCAGUGCGGUUCGCGAAAGCAAGAAUUGCCAACUUAGCUACAUCAUCCCAAUCAGUGAUAAUGGAGGAUCAUCUUCCGAGUUGAUUCGCAUUUUCGGAGGCCCUGGGAUCGGCGAUGUUCGAAGUAGAUUGGUCCGCUUGAUUCCCGACUCGCCGACAAAUCCUGAAAGGUCCGCUGUCAAGUCAUUAUUCAACCAUCGACUGCCUGCUGAAGCCAGUGUCGCUGUCCAUGAAUGGCAGUCCAUCGUGGAUGGUACAUCGGGGCUAUGGACAUCCAUCACCCCUGCAAAGAAAGAGCUGAUACGCUCAUUUUUCAAUGUAUUGAAUUUGGAAAUUUUGAAGCGUGCCCGCCCGCCAUCAUCGACCUUUGACUUUACUUCUGCAAGCGUCGGAAACCUUUUUUUGACUGCAGCCCGGCUUUUUAGUGGCAGCUUCGAAAGCGCCAUCUAUCUACUUGGAAGCAUCUGCGGCGUCCCGUCAGAUCUGGUGCGCGUUAUUCCGGCAAUCAACUCCAACUUCUCGCACCACAUUUCGGCCUCACUUGCUGAUGGAACUGUUAUUGUGGGCCAGAACAGUAUUUCCCAUCCCAGCGAGGCCACGGCUCUGCAGCAUACCCCUGGGUCCAGGCGACCCAGUCUACUACUCGCCGACGGAGAUGACAUUGACUACACAGACUCUGAGCUGUCAGAUCCAACGACCUACGAAGAAGACCAUCUUCCUGGCUCUCUUGCCACCCUUCGUAAUAAGAAUAUCAAAUUCAGUAAGACCGAGAACGAAGAUUUGAGUUCCCGAAUUACGCGCAUCUGGUAUAUCAAUCCCUACGGCCAAGAAAUUCGACCACCAGCCAACCCACGGGUACUAGAAGCAAUCAAUGAUUCCCAAGCCAUCAUCUACAGCAUCGGGUCUCUCUACACUUCCAUCAUUCCUGCCAUCGUCUUGCGCGGCGUGGGCAAAGGAAUCGUCUCCAGUCCAGCCCGGCAUAAGAUCCUCAUCCUGAACGGCUCCUUAGACCGAGAGACAGGACCUCCGUCCGCACCAUUCGCCGCCUCGGACUUCGUCGAGGCGAUUGUGAGUGCCGGCGAGGAAAGUCGUGGACGAGGCCCGAUUAGUCUUCCUAAACGUGAAAGUCACGACUCGGCAGAUCCUCUGCCAGAACAUGUUCGACAAUACAGGACUCUUCCUUACACGGCAUAUGUCACCCAUAUAUUACACUUGGAGGGCCCCGGCACGCCGCAUGUGGACCGGGAGCGGCUCACGGGUAUGGGCAUCGAAACACUUCGUCUUUACGGGCGGAAAAUCACGGCUAUGGAUGGCGAUAAAGAGGUCGUCGUGGGAAUGCAGUAUGAUCCCAACGCCCUUGUGCAGGCCAUCGAGGUCGUGCUGGGGAAGAAAGGCGAUGCGAUGAUUCGAGGGGGGUUGGAAGUGGACUGA